AUGGCCGAGAUGAGUCUCACGGAAAAAGAACGAGGGCCCGAGGUAGCGUUCCAAUGCAUAUUCCUUGUGAGCGGCUGUGCGUUCGCGUACUGGGUGGACUUUGGCUUCACACGCCUUGACAAUCAGGUUUCAUGGCGCAUCCCCAUCGGAUUCCAAGCCGUCCUUGGCGCUGUCUCGGGCGUGGGGAUGUUUUUGUUGCCGGACACACCUCGAUGGUAUUACGUUCGCGGUCGUCUAGAGGAAGGGGACGAGGUCUUAUCUCGUCUUUUUGACCGACCAGUCUUGGAUUCUGAUGUCCAAACAAUGCGAGAGUCAAUAUUAGAAUCCCUCGAACUUGAGUCCGAGGAAACCAAAACCUUGAAUCCGCUAGAUCUAUUUUGGGAUCGAACUAACUUGCGGGUGGGACGACGAUUGCGCAUUGCUUUCUUGAUCUUGUCUGUGCAGCAGAUGAUGGGAAUCAACGUGGCUGUCUACUACAGUGUUAAAAUAUUUGCCCAGAUUGGCCUCUCCUCCACGCUAUCCCAGCUUCUCGCUGCUGUGAUGAACACUAUCUUCGCAAUCGGUUCUUUCUUCCUUCCUUCAACCAUUGAAAAAUUUGGAAGGAGGAAUAUAUUGAUGUACUCCGCUGGAGGUCUAACAAUCUGUCUCAGUAUUUUUGUCGCCAUGAUCGGAUCCCCCGGACCAACACUGGCAAAGCAAUGGGUUGCAGUCGCAGCCAUCAUUGUAUACAAUUUUAUAUUUGGAUAUGGAUGGAUUGGCGUUUGCUGGCUUAGCAUGCUGACACCCUACACGAUCGCUCCAUUACAAUUCCGCCACAUCGGAGGUGCCGCCAGUGCAUUUGGAGAAUGGCUUUUCUGUUUUAUCACUGUUUUUGCCGGGGGUAUUGGGCUCGAGAAAGUUGGGUGGAAGUUGUGGCUUUGGUGCCUCCUUUCAUGUGCAGUGGCCGUGCCGUUCAUCUACUUCCUGUGCCCUGAGACGACUGGGAAGACACUGGAAGAGAUAGAUUUAUUGUUUCAAAAGGAAAGCGAAGCUGACCAAAGCAAUACUGAAUCUCUCGGCGCACAUUCGAAUGAGAAAAAGGAGGUUCAGCAUUUUCACGAAGAGAAUGCGCGCGUGUGA